AUGAUGUAUGUGGGUUCUCCUUUUGGUAGCAAUCCCACCUCCCCGCUCCCAGCCCAUCGUCCAGGUUCUGACAGUCAGUCAGAUGCUACUUCCCCUGCUCUCCUGACUCAGGCCCCUCCAUGCUGGGCAGCACAGGCCCGCUGCGACCUUGCCCAGGCGGAGGCGGAGCUCCAUCGCCUACAAGAGCGCCAUGUAACUGAGACUGAAUCCGUAAAGCGUGGUGUGGAGCGCGCCAUCUUGGGGGCACGCAGAGAAGAACGCCGCCUUAUUGAAAGGGUAGAGCAAGACCAUCGAGACACUCAGCAGCAACUGGAGCAGGUCCAAAGGGAGAACAUGGCAGCAGCCCGGGUCAGCCAGUCCUUGUUGGACCAAAGGCUACGGAAACUUGACAAAUUUCAGAAACAGAUUCAGGAGUUGGGCCCUGAUGAAAAAGGAUCAAACCAGAACCUUCUGCUCAAGGAGGUCACAGAGUUCCUGCAACCCUGGGAAAUAUCAGUGACCCUAAAGAAGGUAAACUUCAAACCCAGCUCCCAACCUAAUGCUGUUGCUUUUGGUGAUAUUCGUGUGCAAGAACAAAGCCUGGGUCUGCAUGUUGGAGGUUGUGGGCCACAUGGGCAGCUGUGUGCACUCCAUUCACAGGAGAUCAAGUGUGAAGAAACAAACCAUCAAAGUUCUGGAGGACAGAAAAGCACUCCACAGCAGGGAUGGACCUCACCAACAGGCAGGGUUGUCAGGAAGAUCAGCCUCUCCAACCGGAGUGAUCUGGAAUCAGAGGAGGAGCAGAAGCUCUCCCCAACAAGGAUACAUCCCUGGCUGCCAAAGGGGGAACAAUCUGAUCUGGAGUCAUCCCAGGAAGAUGAAAUGGAUUCAGCAGCUUCUUUUCAGCAACAGGGGGAGGAGAUAUUUCUGGCUGUACCCUCCAUACCUAAAAACACAGAUACUUAUAGCAAGGAGGGGUACAAGAUGAAAAGUAAUGGCAGAUACUUCUCUCCUAGGGGUCAAAGGAAGUCGAUUACUGGAGUUUCUGAUAGGAGGCCAUCCCCCUCACCAGAACGAAGACAGGAGCGUACUAGGCUCAGUCGCUGCUUGAGUUCAGACAGCCAGGAAGGAGGUAAAGGAAAAUAUGGUCCAGACUCCAACAGUAGACAUCUUAAGUACAACAACAGUGGCCCAUCCUCUCCAAGAAUGACUCAGAGAGAGCCUUUGACCAGCCAAAGCUGCCUGGACCUCACCUCCAGGGGCCGACCUCACUCUUGCCUUAGCCAGUCCUCUGAUGAACAUUCCCUCGGGACCCAUGGUGACUCCGGUCGAGCACCAUCCCCAACAGACAGCCUUGAUUCCAGCUACACAUUCAUUGUAAGCCCGUCUCAUGACUACAGCAUGAACAGAGGGUCUUUGAACUACAGUUGUCGCCUGUCGAAGUCCGCAGUGGACUUGACCCACAAGACGCGUCCGUUGAUCAGCGGCGGGACAAACGAGAACGUAGGAGUGUGGAGGGUGAAGUGUAGCAACUACAACUCCAUGACGAGCCCUACUACUACUUCCCCGAUUCUUAGUAGAGGACCAAGGGUUUCUGAUAUGGGACAGACACUCGCAUACCCUACAUACAGAAGUUAUAACACCCUGCAACAUCCACAGAAAAAAAUCCCAAUGUCUGGCUCCAAACAAAAUCUAGUAACAAGGUCUUUAUCCAUGCCUUACAUAGAAGGUACGUCCCAAGAACAAAAGAGGGGCAGAGGGGAGAGAGGAGAGCCAGCCUUGGAGGAGUUGGAAGAGGAGGGCCCAUACAUGGCUGCAUUCAACCCCAGAGAAAUCCAUCUGAUUCGACAGUUUGGAAAGCAGGGUUCAGGCCGGUCUGACCUCACCCUGCCGAGUGGUAUCCAUGCCACAUCCCAGGGCCAACUCUUCAUAGUGGACUGUGGGAAUGCUCGUGUCCAGGUGACUGAUCCUCGGGGCAAUGUCCUCCAGCAAGUGGCUUCCCCAACUUCUGAUGCCUCUGCAAGACGAUGUCGAAACUACUUUGACAUUGCUGUCAAUGCUAAAGGGUUGAUUGCGCUUAGCUGUGCAGCAGAGCGGGCCCUUCUUGUGUUCAGCCGACACGGUCGCCUGCUCCAGACUUUUGGAGGGUCUGGGUUGAGCUCUGCAAAAGAUGAGCUGGAGGCUCCAAGGGGUGUCACCGUAACCAGACUGGAUGAGUUCCUGGUAGCUGAUAUCCGAAAAGGUACCCUCAUUGCCUUAAAGCUCGAACCUAAGACCGGCUGCCGUCUCGAGCGCACAGUGGUGACCGGAUUCCAUCGGCCUUACUUAGUGGCAGCCUGCUCCAGCACAGGCAUGAUAGCUGUGUCUGAGAGGGGUAAUGAAACAGGUCGUGUGCCUUGUAUUAAAGUCCUCGAACCAGGUUGGAACACGGUGAGAGUUCUAGGUGUGUGUGCUGGUAUGGGACCGGUCCUGGCUUGCCCCUGGGGAAUCUGUAUAGAUACAGAUGGUAAUGUGCUGGUUGCGGACUGGGGUGAGCAGCACAGAGUCCUGUUAUACCCAGCACAGGGAGUGGGGUGUCCUAUAGUGAGCCACGGCUUGAGUAGUCCACGUGGCCUGACCCUGCUACCUGAGGGUCAACUAGCAGUGUCUGACAGCAUGCACCAUUGCAUUAAGAUAUAUCAGUACAAAGUUCACCAGGACUAGAGAGAUCAACAUGAUAUGUUGUGUUUGUGUGUCCUAAAUAAGUAUAAGUCAUGUA